AACACUCAUUUCCAUUCCGGCUCCGGAGGGUCUGUGAGCCUCGGGCAGCCGCGCCGGCAGGCAGGCAGGCAGGGCUCCGCUCCGCGCUAUCGCGUAGCAACGCGGCGCCGCAUCCCGUAUCCCUCAUCCCGCACUCCGCAUCCCGCGGCAAUGGCCGGGCGGCGCUGGGCCGGUCGGUGCGCGGCCCUGGCCCUGCUCCUGGCUGCCUGCUCCCUGCCCCGAGGAGGCAGCGCCGGGCGGCUCUUCCUCAAUGAGUGGGCAGCGGAGAUCCCGGCCGGCCCCGACGCUGCCAGAGCCAUCGCGGACGAGCUGGACUACGACCUGGUGGGGCAGAUUGGAUCACUCAAAAACCACUACUUAUUCAGACAUAAGAGCCACCCAAGACGGUCCCGAAGAAGUGCCAUUCAUAUUACUAAGAGACUUUCUGAUGAUGAGCGGGUGUCAUGGGCAGAGCAGCAGUAUGAAAAAAAGCGAACCAAACGUGCCUCUGUGAGAGACUCAGCAGAAAGUCUUUUCAAUGACCCUAUGUGGAAUCAGCAGUGGUAUCUGCAAGAUACAAGAAUUACUCCAUCUCUGCCCAAACUAGAUCUCCAUGUUAUUCCUGUGUGGCAGAAAGGAUUUACAGGCAAGGGAGUUGUCAUCACGGUCCUAGAUGACGGAUUGGAGUGGAAUCACACUGACAUCUAUGCUAAUUAUGAUCCAAAGGCAAGUUAUGAUUUCAAUGACAAUGAUCAUGAUCCCUUUCCUAGAUAUGAUCCAACAAACGAAAACAAGCAUGGGACACGGUGUGCAGGAGAAAUUGCCAUGCAAGCCAACAACAGAAAAUGCGGAGUUGGAGUAGCUUACAACUCCAGGGUUGGAGGUAUACGAAUGCUGGAUGGAAUAGUCACGGAUGCUAUUGAGGCCAGUUCAAUCGGUUUCAAUCCAGAACAUGUGGAUAUUUACAGUGCAAGUUGGGGCCCUAACGACGAUGGUAAAACUGUGGAGGGGCCUGGGAGGCUGGCACAGAAGGCUUUCGAGUAUGGGAUAAACCAGGGCCGAAAUGGGAAAGGCUCUAUUUUCGUGUGGGCUUCAGGGAAUGGAGGUCGUCAGGGUGACAACUGUGACUGCGAUGGUUACACUGAUAGCAUCUACACCAUCUCCAUUAGCAGCGCUUCUCAGCAAGGGCUUUCUCCCUGGUAUGCAGAGAAGUGCUCUUCAACCCUGGCCACGGCAUACAGCAGCGGGGAUUACACUGACCAAAGAAUUACAAGUGUUGAUCUUCACAAUGAAUGCACAGAAACUCAUACAGGGACCUCUGCAUCUGCACCUCUGGCAGCGGGAAUUUUUGCUCUGGCCCUGGAAGCAAACCCUGAUCUAACAUGGAGGGAUAUGCAGCACUUGGUAGUGUGGACCUCAGAAUAUGACCCACUGGCUGGAAAUCCAGGAUGGAAAAAAAAUGGAGCAGGACUGAUGGUCAACAGCCGAUUUGGGUUUGGGCUACUCAACGCCAAUGCCUUGGUGGAUUUAGCUGAUCCCAGAAGAUGGAAAGGUGUACCAGAAAAGAGAGAAUGUAUUGUCAAAGAUAAGAACUUUGAACCCAGAUUAUUAAGAGCAAAUGAAGAAGUCAUCAUUGAAAUUCCCACAAAAGCCUGUGAGGGUCAAGAGAACUCCAUUGCAUCUCUGGAGCACGUGCAGCUUGAGGCAACGAUUGAAUAUUCCCGUCGAGGUGAUCUUCAUGUCACUCUGGUUUCUCCAUCAGGGACCAGCACUGUCUUACUGGCUGAGAGAGAGAGAGACAAAUCUCCCAAUGGCUUCAAGAACUGGGACUUCAUGUCUGUCCACACAUGGGGGGAAAAUCCAGCAGGCACCUGGAUUUUGAGAAUUACUGAUAUGUCCAGACGAAUACAAAAUGAGGGGAGGAUUGUAAACUGGAAAUUGAUUUUGCAUGGCACUGCUACCCAGCCUGAACACAUGAAGCAGCCACGUGUAUAUACAUCCUACAAUGCUGUGCAGAAUGACAGAAGAGGAGUGGAGAAGAUGACGGAUCUUGUAGAGGAUCAUACCACACUGGAGAGCCUGAGUGAAAAACCCAAAGCCACAGAAGACAUCAGCAGCAGUAGUGACAAAGCAGAAGAUAAAAUCCCAUCAGAGGCCAUGCUGCAUUUACUGCAAAGUGCUUUUAGCAGACAGAUGGGUCAGAAGCAACUGCCAAAGAAGACCGCAAGCGAGAAGUUAAACAUUCCAUAUGAACACUUCUAUCAAGCCCUCAAAAAAUUGAACAAGCCCUCCCAGUUGAGAGGCUCAGAAGAAAGUCUGUACAGUGACUAUGUUGAUCUUUUUUACAAUGCCAAACCUUACAAGCAUAGAGAUGAUAGACUGCUGCAAGCGUUGGUUGAUAUCAUAAAUGAAGGAAAUUAACUGUAGGGUAUGGCAUUGAGUUGGAAAUAUUUGUUCUCCCCACCUGUAGCUUUUUUUUCCAAAGUCUGUGUAUGCUCUAGUUGUGCGAUUGCUGCUUUGAUUGCUUCAUAUUUAAUACAAAUAUCAAGGAAGGGAAAAAACGGGUGUGAGGGGAUAAGGCAGGAAAAAUACACUUUUUAGUAUUAUCUUUUUUCAAAACCUUUCUUCAGAGUAGAUUUGCCCCUUCAGGCAUGAAAUGCAAUAGUACUGCCCUGAAAACCCUAAUACUGUAUUUUAAAUAAUUUUCACAUUACUUAUUCUUCCACCCUCUUCACCGAAGCAUGCAGUAGGAUUCAAAACCUGAAGUACUAAGCAGUUUUGAACCAAACUGCCAAAGCUAUGGGGAUAUAUUCUCAUCCAUGGAUUUGUUGUGCAUACUUCAGUCUUUGUUAUAUUUGUCAUUUAUUCCGAUUUAACACUUGCAGCCAGUACUGCUUCCAUCA